CGUAUUUACAUUUCUGACGAUUUAAAUACUUUAAGCUACCUUUAAAACGAUGUUCUUAAAAUAACAUAAAAUUCAUCAGUGGUAUUAAUUUUUGUUAUACGUUGGAGAAAGAUUAGUGUUACAAUAUUUAUCUCUGAAAAUCGUCCAGACUGGAAAAUUCAUUAGCAUCAUUUUAGCAAAACGACAAAUCACCAUGAGGCUAGAAACACUAUAUUUUAUUUCGGGUGUUUUUCUUAUUCUUGCUACAAUUUUGGGCUCUAUCGAAUGCCACGAGAAAGAUAAAGGUAAAAAUCUAUUGUUUAAUACGUUUUCAUUAAAGUUAAAUUUUAUUAUACUCGCAUUCAGUUAUUUUUUACGAACAAUUAAAAAUAAUAAUAAUAAUAAUAAUAAUAAUAUUAUUAAUAAAAUAUUACUUUCCAACUGUACCAUAUAUUCGCGUUUCUAGGUAAUACUAUAUAUUUAAGCCGGAUGGCUUUGGAUUUAAAUUCUAUUUUUUUUUAGUUAAGUUACAUUUUCAGGGGUACUGAAUAGGGUCACAUUUUAUAACAAAUUUCAAUUGUCUAACCAUUUCGGUGCGCUCGUGUGAAAUGCAUAUUAUUUUUUUUGAAUAAUAAGGUUUUAACUACAGAUUAUAAUUGUCCUAACUUAUUUAAGCAACAUUGAUCAAUUUUAUCUCAACAAUCAAAUCUUAUUAAAAUUUGUUGAAAGAUAUGAUUUUUUUCCCAUAAUCAAAUAUAUAAUAAGUUUAAAGUUUAAAGUUAUAUGAUUUACAUUUUUUGAAAAAUCGAUUAAGAAUCAGAUGUUUUCACCUAAUUUACAUGGUGGGAGUUAGGUAAAUUUUGAGAUAAAAAAUUGUAUUGAUCAGAUUUGUUUGAAAAAAAAUAUGACUAUUCUAAUUUUAUGUUGAAAAUGGUGUAAAUUUACAAAAAAAAAAAAAAAAAACAUUUGUUUUGCACAUGUACACACUGAAAGGAUUAAAUAUUCAAAAUUCACAACCUCAAAUAUAUAUUUCAGUACCUCCUAUUACCUUUCAUAAACGGAAUUUAAAUCCAAGGUCAUUCAACGAAUUUAUUUAGUGUACACAUUGCGAAUUUAUACAAAUACUAAUAUAAUAUUAUAAAAAGAAAAGAUUCUGUUUAUAUGUUUGUAAUGCCGUAAUAACAUUACAAAUAAGCUCAAAAACUACAUAACCGAUUUUAAAACUUCGUUCACCUAUAAAAAGCUAACUUAUCAGCGAAUAAAAUGGGCUGUAUACUAUUUUCAAAAAAAGAUCCCUAUGAAAAUUGCAAUCGUUAGGUUUUAAGGUAUUUUUGGUACGAAUAUAUAUAAACAAACGAAUUAUUUGUUUAUUUUUUUUUUAUUUAUUCGUGGGUUACUUUAGUGACAUGGUGAAAAAUUUGGUUGUCGCGGACAAGAAAAAUAUUAUUUUUAUUAUUAUUACUAUUAUUUACACUUUUAUCUAGCAAUAGAAAAAUAUUGCCAGGUCAGCUGUAAACAGUAUAUUAUAUUGUUAUAUAUAGUGUUUUUAUCACGGUUCAGUGAAGUAGUCCAUAAUUUACGAAAAUAUUGAGUUUUUUCAGUUAUUAUAAAACCGUGUUUAAUGAUUGUAUUUAAAAUAUUUUUUAAAUAUUAUUAUUAUUCCUAAUGCCAUAAAUAUAUAAUAUCAACUUUUGAUUUUCAAAUAGCAACAUCUUCUGUUCAAACUAGAUUCUAAAAGAGAAUAUUUUGUUAAAAAUUGUUAUAUGCAUAUUACUAACGUACCUAGUAAUGAUAUAAUUGUUGUAACAGGUUAAAAUUUAAACCGGAGGUAUACCGACUAGAGCCAUGUAGGAAAUUUCAUAUUAUUUUUUAAAUUAAUUUAUCAUCUAAGAAUUAAUAAAAAAUGUACUACUCUAAAGGCUAAGAGUUAAUACUCAUUUAAAGUAGAUACAUUAUUUAAGAACUAGGGAUACUAACAGGAAAAUAGUGUUAAAUAAAACUUAAUCGAUUCCAUAAUGAAUAAAAAAAAGAGAAACCAAAUAAUUAGCAAGUAAAUUGUAUAAUACAUAUGAAGUUUUCAAGUUUCUAGAGUAAAAGAGUGAGAUCAUCUCCACGGACAUAUUGUUUAUUAUAUAUUCCACGGGUUUUCGACUCGUCUAUCAUAUUACAUGGUUUAAAGCUAGAAUACAUUCGGAAUAUUAAAUUUCUCAAUUCAAUAAAUAACCUCAUGCUCUUUAUUUAUGCCUGUUUCUGUAUUUAUCACCUGGGGAAAAGUAUAUGGAAACAAUGUCCCUAACACGUUUUCUAGAAAAUAGGGGAAAGCGUGUUUCUCUGUAUAAUAUUAAUUAUAAACGAUUUACAAUUGUAUAAACAAAUUUUUCAUAUUGUAUAUAAAAAAGAAAGAAAAAGAUGAAAUUUUCAUAUUAACCCUUCAGAACCUCCUAAAUUUGUGACUGUUCUACGUGAUGCCGGUGUUAAAAUUCCUUAACUAUCACCGUUUGGUUGUUCCAAGUCCAAACGAAUUUCACGUCGUCGGGUGUGAUCAUGAUCACCUUGAUUUUGAAUACGGGAACGAUCUAUUUUUGCAAUUUGAAAAAGGACAUAUUUUCAAAAUAAAUAUAUUCUUUGCCCUGCUCAGAAUCUAAAAAGAAUAAAACUUUUAAGAUUGUUCCAUGCCAGUCUUAAUCCGAUGAAUCAUAAGUCUAAUGCGAAGUAUUAGGUAUAGCGAACAAAUUUUGUGGUCUUUUGAAUUUAUACAUCGUCGAUAUUAUACAUUUUUUUGGUAACUUUAACGAAUUACUCUUUUCUUGUAGUAACUUGUAAUUUAUCUAAGUCAAUUGACUCUAUUACAACAAAUGUAUGCAAGAAUUUUCUUCAAUUAACUAAGUUAAAAGUUAUCAAAACAGUAACUUAUAAUUUUAAUUUAUAACUAGUUACUAGUACUUUUGGUAAUAUUAUAAUGCAUUUAUCUUGAUUAAUGGAAUGAUCGAUUUUGUUUUAAUUAAAGAACCUGGUGCAGCAGAUAAACUAAAAGGCACAAAUAAGAACAAUUUCUUGUAUAGGGAAAACACCAUUGCGAAAUUACGAACAAGUAAUUAUAUUAGCAAUAUUAUAUUAGUCUUUUAGCAAUUAUUGAUAAAUUGGUAAAUAUGAUAAAAUAUGUAUUUUAUAUUAUGUAGGUAACAACUAAUCAAAUUUGAUUUAUUUUUUUAGAUAAAUUUGCAAGAUUAUUUAACAAAGGUAAUCUACAAAAAUACAUUAAUAGUAGGUACUUUUGUUUUCAUAUAAUUAGUAUUUUUCAGUUAUCGGGUUUACACCAAAACUCAAAGAGAGUAAGUUUAAAACGUUUUUUUAAAAUUAUCUCCGUAUUAGAACGUAGUUAUAGUUAAAAUAUUCGCGAUCAGUACCUAGAUAACUUUUUUUUCUUAUCAGUCUAUUAUUAGUAAUAAUUUGGGUACAAACAAGUUUUUAGUCCCAUUAAUAAUAUAUUUAUUUUUUUAUACGUGCAUAUUGUGUAAAAUAUACUUAUAUUACUUAUAAUAUACUUAGUAUCUACUUCCAAACUAAGAUUUGUUUACUAUUGAUUACGAGUUAGUCAAAUGAGGUUUUUAUCAAUAAAAUAAUUACCUGAUUACUUAAAAUGUAGAAUAAAAUCAUUUUAAAGUUACUUUAUAUUGCAUUAGUGGUACAGGUUUAUUUUUUUUUGUUUAGGUCCAAUUAUACUUCAUAAGGAUUGUUAUCACAUAAAAGAAGGUUUUCAGCUAUCCCGUGUACGUCUAUAUUCAAACGAAGCUCCGUUUAUCAUAUUAUUUAUUUUAUCAAAAUGUACAAUAUAAUAAUAAAAAAAGCUGACUAAAGUUCAACUCUGCGGUAUCCUGGUAAUAGUUUGAUGUGCCGGAAUAUUACAACCAAUCACAGCACAUUUCAUAAAAGCACGUAGACGUAAAUGGGAUAGCUGGGAAUCUGCUUUAAGAUGCCAUCCACAAACAUAUAAAGAUUUAUGUAUUUCUAGGGUUUAAACAUCUAUGAUGUUAUCCUCAUAUACAUAUAUAUAUAUAUAUAUAUUGGUAUUUCGUUAAAUUUUAAGUAAUGCGUUCGCAAUGCAUAUACCGUGGCUUCAAAAUUUUAUUUUGAUUUCUGGUAUAACUAGAAUUAUGUUUAUGGGGUACUCAAUCCUACGCCCCUCUCUAGUUCGAGGACUGGCGAUAGAUAGAAAUAGUAUGGACACCAUGCAGUUAUUAAUCAUAUAAAAUUAUUUUAAAAUUUUAGAUAAUCCUCUUGAGCUAUACACUUUAGUACUGUACGAUGCUGAUUUAAUUAAAAUGGCUGCAUACAAAACACUUAUCUAUUUAUUUAAGGUAACUACAAUAAAUUGGUUUUUCUUCUAACGGAAAAAUUAAGUACCCGUCGUUAUAAUAUGGUAUCACUAAUAAAGUGUCAUCAAAAGAGGCCAUUAUGUUAUGUAAAGUAAUAUUACACUCAAUAAACAUAUGUCAUACACAGUGCAAUGUUGUGUCUUUCUUCUGAUUUCUAUAAUUUGGUGUUUUUAUUAGCUAAUAAUUAUUAUUAAACUCAAACUCGAACCAGUAAACUACAACAGUACCUAUAUUACUUUUAAUUUUAAAUAUGAUACACAUUUUUAUUUUAAUAGUAUUGAAAAAAUUACAUUUCCAUUUGAAUUUAAGUGUCUAUACAUAAUCGGUAAUUAUUAGUAAAACUUCUAACAUUUUUUUUUUCUUUACAAUUAAUACAAUUAAAUUAUAAAUUGUUAAAACAAAACUUAAAAAAUAUUGCAUUUAAUUUGCAAUCUUAUUUCAAAAAUGCUAAACGUAUCAGUGUAUUACUAAAAAUAGUUUUAUUUUUAAAAUUAAAAUAUCAUAUCGGCAUCUGUCUUAAACCAUUUUGAUCUCACGUACAGAAACUACGUAUAUGCUUUGAAAUAAAACCUAUAUUAAAAAUAUGUUAUUUUCUACUUAUUCUUAAAUGUAAAUAAUAUAAUAUAAUAAUAUGCUUAAAUGUUUAGAAAAGUAAAACGGACGAAGAGAAGAAAGAACUAAUCAUUCCGAUUAUUCAUUCUGCCACCGAAUUAGUGAAAUAUUACAGUGUUGUUUUGAAUUGUCCUAAAAUCAAAUUGACAUUUUACGAAGGUAAGCUAUUGCUGUUUUCACCGGAAUGUACUAAGCUGUUAGAUUUAUGUUAUGUUUUGCCAAUUAUUGAUUCCUCGUAACGAGGAAUGUCUUGGUUUUCUAUACUUAAGGGAUGAUUUUUUCUGAUCUGUGAACUACUUAUUUUAUAAGAAAUCUUACUCCGGUCAUUAACUUUAGGAGUGGUUCAUUAUAGAUAAUUAUGUCUGGUUAGUGCACGGUAGAAGCCAUGUUUUGAUUACUUAAUUUUUGGGAAAACGCCGAAAAAUGUAUACAAUAUCGUUUUUUCAUUUUUUAUUGUCAUUCUGUUAAAAAAAACUCAUAGAGACGUUAAGGCGAUUUUUGAGAUAUUUUUGGCUAUUUUAAAUUUUGUAUUUAUUGGGGGGGUUUUAUUUGAGUUUUAUGAUGGCACAGUUAGUUUGGCUCUAUCAAAAUGGUCAACAAUUUAGGACGAAAAACACACAAUUUUCAAAUCAAGUUUAUUAAUUCAUGAUUAAUCGAUAAUCGUUUAGAAUCGUUUUUCAUUAUUCAUUAGCAUUAGGUAACUUAUCGUUUCGUAUAGAUAUCGAUUAUGAGAGCGAAGUGUGACUCUUGAAAGACUGAAUCAAGCAAAAAUUAGACGUUAUGAAAAUUAGAUGUUAAGAAAAUACUGUUGUUUGUGGAUCCCUGUUUAAUAAUGAGUUAAUUUAUUUCCAACGAAAAUGAAAAACCAUUGAGCUAAAAUAAAUGACAGAAGGGGAAUAUCUCGUCAAAGGGUUGACGGAAAUUAAAAAUGUCAACGUCAAAAUGUAUUUAAACUGACACUUAAGUCUUAGACUAUUUAUGGAAUUUAAAAUAUAUGUUACCACUUGAAAAUCUAAAUUAAGUAGUCAACUCACCCCCCAAAAAAAAUAAAGGUUUGUUUCUAAAAUUAUAAAAUAAAAAUUACGAAAAAAGUUUAUAUAGUUUCCAAAAGAUUGAAAUGAUCGUAUAUUUGUGGGCUGCAUAGUAUACUGAGUGUACAAAUAAAUUAAAGUAGACGAAUCUUGUUUGUUUACGAAAUUUAGGUUUAACUACAUAAAUAUUUUAAGUAAUAUGAAUUAAGACACUACUACAUACAGGAUGAUGUUUUUAGGUAUAUUUUAGUUAAAGCUGAUAUUUUCGAAUACUUAGAUUUUUCACAAAAUUUGAGAAGUAUCCUGUGGUAAUACCAACUUUCGUUUUUUAAAUGAGAACCUAUAUUAAAAUUGCCAUAAAGAUUUGGAGUAUUACUUUAAAUAAAUUUUGGUGUCGAAAUCUUAGGUUCAAUUUUGACAAGAUUCUCAUUUGAAAAAUUAAAGUUGAAAUAAUUACACCUUAGUGAAUCACUCUCUAUGUAUAUUUUUGUAUACAAACUAGUAUGUUUGUUUAUACAAUUAAAACAAAUUAAUGUAUUAUUGACUUUCUAGGUUUGUCUUAUACAAGAAAGUGUUUUAAAUAUUACCCAGAUGAAAAAGAUGGUACAUGUUUUAAAUACAAAGCUCUAUUGCUUGAAUCCUUCUUUUUCAGUCAUAAGGUAGAAAUUAAUCGAAUAAUGAGAAAAUGGUUGGUAAAUACGUAUAAAAAAGCCAUAGCGCUCAUGCCAAAAGACAAAAUGCUUGCGUUUUUGGCCGCGAAAUUGGGGUGUGAGGUAAUUCAAAAUAAAUUUAUUUAAAAUCCUUAUUUAACCCACACAAUUUAGAACAGUGGUGACCAACUAUGGGCCGCGGGUCAAAUCUAACCCGUGAUCAUUUAUUAAUCGGUCCCCCAAAAUAUUAAAUUAAAAUUGAAAAAAAAAUAACUUAAAAUUUUAAAAAUUAACACUCACAUUAAAAAAGAUGUUUAUACUUUACAUUUUUUUUUCAUUUAUAACAAUCAAUACAUAAUAAAUAAUUAAAUAUAUCACUGUACCUAUAUUAAGAUGUAUCUACAAUAAAAUAUAAUAUUCUGUUAACUUAAAACUUGGCCCGUCAAGAAUUAUUUUUUUUAAUGGCCCUCUAUAAAAAAAGAUUGGUCACCACUGAUUUAGAGGGUUUAAUAUAAUAUUUUCGUUUAUGUGUUAUAUAUUUAAAACAAAAUAAAAAUAAAAUUAUUUUCAUCAAUUAUUUAUGAAAUUAUUAAUAUAUAAUAAGUUAAUAGAAUACCAAUUGCGUGAUAAUUGUUAAAAAUUGCUUCAUUGUAGUCAGUCAUAAUAUCCCUCGGAGAGUAUAUUAUUAUAGUCUAAAUAAAGUUAUUAUGCAGAGCAAAGAAAGAAAAUAGAUUGAGAUGGUACUGUUGUAUUGGCAUGUUGAGAGAAUGAGAAAAUAUGAUGAGGAAUUCGCAAAGAUGUGGGUAAUUGCAGUGUAGAUGAAAUCCAGGAAAUAAACUAAACGAAGAGUAUCUAGAGGUUAUUAGAAGAAAUGUACGAGGGUGUGACAUUAUUUUAGUACGUAUGUAGGACAUUGGUACUUAUUUUUUUUUUAAAUUAACAACAAUUAAUCAUAUUUAUAUUUAUUUUAAAAUUUGUUUUCUAAAUAUUAUAUUGAAUGUAGAUUGAUAGGUUGGAGGAGAAAUGAAUUAGUUCCAUGACACCAAAAUCCUAAUAACGACUCUGCAAAUUAUAAUCUUAUAUGCAAAUAAUUUGUAUAGUACUAAUUAUAUCAUGAACAAGUACCAAUAUUGUAACUGUACUAUAAGUUAUACUAUACAUUUAAAAUGUUUCGUUAAAUCAAUUUUUUUUUUCAGUUUAAAUUACAGACAGAAAAUAAAAAUUUCUUCAUGAGAAAAAUCAAAGAAUUGUAUAUGGGACCGGUAGUUGAAAAUUACAAUUGCAAACAAGAAUUAUUAGCAAUAAAAGGCGGAGUCAAAGAUCUCGGGACAUACGAAGGAGAAUAUUAUUAUUUAUUAGCUAAAGCUUUGGUAAACGAAGGCUUUUACAAUGAGGCUAUAGUUGCACUCAUAAAUGCACGGAAUGGACCCGUUGUCGAUGCAAAGGUACCAUUUCAAAAUUGACAAUAUUCGAUAUAUUUUUUUUUAUCCUAUCAAUAAAAAUAUUUGAAAUUUGAAAUAUAAAUUACGAAAUUUUAAUAAUACUUUUACAGUACUUUCUAUUAGGACUUUAAGUGUUAAAUAUUAUUAUUAUUUUUAUUAUUAUUAUAUAGCUACAGUACAAGAUUAUUAUUACUCAACAAUUAAUUAAAAUAUACAUAUACGUAUAGGUGUAUAAUAUUAUAUGAUAACUUAUAAAUUGCUUACACAUGGUAACAAGUAUAAAUAAUAUGAUUGCAUAAUAACAAAAUAUAUAAAUAUAGAAUAUGAAUAAUUAGAUAAUGAGAAAAAUAUUAACUAUGUACUUAAUAUCUAUAACAUCUAUAACAUGUAUUAAAUAUGUAAACAACAUGAUAUGGAUGUAAGAAAGGUAUGACGUGUGUCCUACGGAAUGGGAUUUUGUUUAAUAAGAAUGUAAGUGCAAUUAGUUGUGGGUUAAGUUAUAUUAACAGUUAUAUUAAUUUUGACAAUAUAUGUUAUGUAGUUUUAAAUUACUCUGAUUUGAAGAGGUAUCCUAGAUUUUGGGACGAGGUCAGCUUCAGUUUUGGCAAAAACUUCGUCUUGUUCCACCAUUGCUAGCACUUCGAAACGAUUUGGUGAAACGGAAAAACUUGCUUUUUUAUCCUCGUGAUCCGAGGAGUUUAUGCACGUUGACGAGAGAGCUCUCUUUGAUAGGGCUUUCAUUGUUACCUUUUUAAUAACUGUGUUCUUAUUUAAAAUAACAAUUGGUGAAAUAGUAUGAGUCAUUAAUUAGGCGUGUUUAACGACUAAUUAAAGGAAAAAUAUUGACGUACGAUACGUGACACAUUACUGAACGGCCACGCACUAGCUAUCGCUUUGGCUGCCUGAGCCCAAUUAUUUUUUUUCACGGUUUUAAUUGUGUUUAUUUUAGAUUUCUUAAAAUUAUUUUUGUUACAACAUUCGUCCAUUAACAACCUGUACAAAUAGCGAAAAUUUCUUCAUAAUUGGUAGUCGAAUAAAAUGGCAGAUAUCGUAUUAAUACAAAAUUAUCAAUAUUUACUGUCAAGCAGUCAUUCACUGUUUAUUAAUAAUUAUAGUGUACCUACGUGUCUGGGCUCUGUAUACUGUUAUAGUUAACAGGGGAAUCAAUCGGGGCAUUUUUCAGAGUAGUUAUGAUAAGAGUUACUCAGGAGUUUCAAUUGUUCGCCCUUUUAGAGAUGGGAAUAGCAUAUAUUACGCGCAGAGGUCUGAAAAUGUAUAUUCAGAAACGGAUGAGCGGGUCCGUUGUUAUGCACCACGAAUUCGGAUUUCCUAAUUUCAACCUCUAAAAGGUGACUGAACAUGUUUUUUGUUGAUUUAUGAGUUACCUCGGCGACUAGAGUGAAAAAGAGUAAUAAUUAUUAUAACUUAAUUUUGUUGUCAUGACCAAAGAAAUCUUUAAAAUAAAUUACCGGGCAACAACGGUUAACUGUAAUAGAGACGUAGCGUUGAUGUGGAUACGGGAUGAUGCGUUUUUAUUAUUUUAUUAAAUACUGUGCAAAGCUAAGCUGUACAGGGUAAAUAUUAACAAAUAAUUUAGUACGUAUUAUAAAGAAUUAUUAUAUAAUAUCGUUUGCUUUACUUUACUUAUACCGACUUACAAAUACUUUAAUGUAAUGAAAUAAUUUAAUUUUUUUUACUGAUAUAAUAAAAACUGAACGGACUCACGGCAUGGUGGCGUUGCAUUAUUAUUAUUGUGUAUAUAUAUAUUUAUUUCAUUUAUGUGUUUAUUUAUUAAACAUUUUUUUUUUAAUAAAUAUAAAAUUUAUUCAUUUUAAUAUUAAUAAAUUUAUGUUUCAUUUAUUUGCAGACUCGACAUACCAAUAAAAAAGUACAAGAGUACUUAGAAAAAAUAUAUUUAAUUCAACACGGAGACCUUUAACCGAUGGAAAACAUACUUGAUAUUAUAAGUUUAGUUCGCAAAUGUUUCAUUGUUGAUAUAUAAUUAGUAGUUUAAAAUCGCAAUGUAUUUAAUAGGUUUCGAGUCUAUAUAAUAUAAUUAUAUUGAAAUUUAUUUAAAAAAUUAAUAACGAGGACCACCCUACUAUUAUUUGUUUUGUUUUUAUCUAUAUAACAAAUUAUAAAAAUUAUACUGUUUGACACCAUAUUAUAGCUAUGC